AGUUGCUUUUGUUUACAGCCUGAGACGAGCAAGAUGUCUGCCCUGGACGUGGAGGAUUUUAUUCAACAAAACAGAGCUUUGGCUGACCGGGUAGAAACAUAUCGAGGUUACUGGGAGAGUGAGAAACACUGGGAGGCCCGGAGAGAGUUUAUUCUAAGGAACAUUAAUGAUUUUAAGCCAGAACAGUUGGACCCUCUGCUCUCACUGUCCAUGGUGUGGGCUAACAACGUCUUCCUCGGCUGUCGGUAUAGCACAGAGCUCCUUGAUAAAGUGAAGCUGAUGGCUGAAGGAAUUGUGGUGGAGGAUGCACCGGUCUUCAAGACCAGAGAUGAGAUCGUGAAGAAGCAACAGGGUCGAUGACAGACUAAAUCACAUCUCCUGUUUCUGUUGGAUGGAGACUGAAGGCUGACAGGAAUCAGCUGAAGAGUAUAAACAUGCUGUGCUGCAUUUCAUGUCAAACACAAACACAAUCCUUUUUUUCUUUACCAGUGAUGUGAUCAGAGAACAUCUUGUACAUCACUCACAUUUUUUAGCUUUUGAUUCUAGCUACCAAGAUGUUUUGGAGCUUCAUUUUUAGUUAUAUAACAUUUUUUUGUACUUUUUGUAAAGAUUUAGUUGAUGUUUUUUCUAAGGGUUUUUACUAAAUUAAAUAAAAAGACACUUCUGAAUGUUCCUGCCUGGAGCUUAAUAAAGGAUGUGUUUUUUCA